AUGGCCUCUCAAUCUCGUGUGCUGCCUGCUUUGCUGGCUGUGGCUUGCUGCGCAGCUCUGUUGCGAAGCUUUUUGGGUUCCAACGAAGCAGAGCUGACCUUCGUGGCACCACAGCAGAGCGUGCAUUUGGGUUGCAAGGCUUUGUCCGGUAGCGCACUGGCAGCUGGUGAUGUGCCCGCCAUUGUGAAUACAGUCCCUGCUCGGCCUGGAGUGCCAGCUCACUUCAAGGUGACCCUAGAGACGCCUGAUGGCACUCAGUCCUUCGACUGCCCUGAGGAUGUGUACAUCUUGGAUCAGGCUGAAGAAGAAGGCUUGGAGUUGCCAUAUUCUUGCCGAGCUGGCUCUUGCUCCAGCUGCGCAGGUAAGGUGCUCUCCGGCAGCAUUGACCAGAGCGACCAGGCAUUCUUGGAUGAUGACCAGAUGGGCGAAGGAUUCUGCCUCACUUGUGUGACCUACGCCACUUCUGAUGUGACCAUCAAGACCCACUGUGAGGACGAGCUCUGA